AUGGUACGGAGUUUCUCAACAAACGUCGUGGAUAUCGGAGGGAUUCGUGCUUCUUUAACCAGACAAAAGGGAAUUGUGAGACAACUCAAGAAGGAUGGAGCGACUCAGGAAGAAGUCACUGCUGCUGUCAAGAAGCUGCAGGAAUUGAAAGCCCAGCUGGAAGCGGAGGUGAAGAAGCAGGAGCCCGAGGAGACCUUUGACAAGGCUACGUUCGACGAUGUGCUGCUCCAGAAGAUGUUUGUAGUCCCUUCGUUCGAGAUUUAUGGAGGAGUGGCAGGUUUAUACGAUUUUGGUCCGAUCACCUGCUCUCUGAAGAGCAACUUUAUCAAUCUGUGGAAGCAGCACUUCAUUCUGGAGGAGGACAUGUUGGAAGUGGAGUGCACCAACCUGACUCCCUACUGUGCUUUGAAGACUUCCGGCCACGUGGACAAGUUCACCGACCUGAUGGUGAAGGACAGCAAGACGGGCGAGUGCUACCGUGCUGACAAGCUGCUGGAGGCGAAGAUGGACGAGCUGCUGAAGGACGUGACUCUGACGAGCGAUCAGCGUUUGGAGUUGGAGCACAUCCGCAUCCAGGCGGACGCGUACUCUGCGGACGAGCUGGACGCUCUGUUCGCGAAGUACGGCGUGGUGGCUCUGGCGACGGGGAAUCCGCUGACGCACCCGUUCCCGUUCAACCUGAUGUUCGGGACGCAGAUCGGUCCGGAGGGCACGAUGCAGGGCUUCCUCCGCCCCGAGACCGCGCAGGGCAUGUUCAUGAACUUCCGCCGCCUGCUGAACUUCAACGGACGCAAGUUCCCGUUCGCGGCGGCGCAGGUGGGCACGGGGUUCCGCAACGAGAUCUCUCCGCGCGCGGGGCUGCUGCGCGUGCGCGAGUUCCCGAUGGCGGAGAUCGAGCACUUCUGCAACCCGAGCGAUAAGCGACACCCGAAGUUCGCCUCGGUGGCCCAUCUGGUGCUGCCGCUGUUCUCGCGGAGCCACCAGCAGGGCGACGGAAAGCUGCUGACGAUGACGCUGGGCGAGGCCGUGGCCGCGGGAAUCGUGAACAACGAAACGCUGGGAUACUUCAUGGCGCGCACGUAUCUGUUCCUGAAGCGCGUGGGAAUCGAUCCGGAGAAGAUGCGGUUCCGCCAGCACCUGCUGACGGAGAUGGCGCACUACGCGUCGGACUGCUGGGACUGCGAAAUCAAGCUCUCCUACGGAUGGACGGAGUGCGUGGGCAUUGCCGACCGCGCGUGCUUCGAUCUGAAGAUGCACAGCGACGCUACGAAGGUGGAGAUGACGGCCUCGGUGAAGCACGACGUCCCGAUCGAGAAGAACGUGCUGGCUCCGACGUUCAACAGCCGCGCGAUCGGCGUGGCCUUCAAGAAGGAGCAGGCGAUCGUCAAGGACUAUCUGAAGACGCUGGGCGAGGAGCAGCCGGAGGAGUGCCAGAAGCUGGCGGACAGUCUGGCGGCGACGGGCUCCGCGGAGAUCGGCCCCUGCGCGAACGGCGCCAAGUACACCAUCACGCCCGAGAUGGUGACGUUCAAGCCGACGGUGCUGAAGAUCCACGAGGAGAAGUUCAUCCCCUCGGUGGUGGAGCCGUCCUUCGGAGUGGGCAGACUGAUCUACUCCAUCCUGGAGCACGCGUUCUAUGUCCGCGAGGGAGAGGAGAAGCGAAACGUGAUGGCGUUCAAGCCGACGGUGGCGGCGUUCAAGUGCUCCGUGAUGCCCAUCAACAACUCCGAACAAUUCACGCCCAUCGUGGAUCGCAUCGGAGCGUCGCUUCGCUCCUACGCGCUGGCCUUCAAGACCGAUGCUUCCUCGGCGUCGAUCGGACGACGCUAUGCGCGUGCCGAUGAGAUCGGAAUCCCGUUCGCUGUGACGAUCGACUUCGAGACGGUCGACGAAAAGAGCGAGCUGUUCAACACCGUCACCCUGAGAGAAAGAGACUCGAUGAAGCAGGUGCGAUUGCCUAUCGAGGAUGUGGCCGUGGUGGUGAACGAUAUCGUCAAGGAGAGAACGGUGUGGGAAGAUCUGCUGGAGAAGUACCCUCAAGUGAGUGUGAAGGAGGAAUAAUGGGGAU